AUGAACACAGGGAGCACUAUAUUGGAUUGCAACAGGGAGCACUUUGAUGAGGUGGGAUUCAGUAGGGAGCACUUUGAUGAGGUGGAAUUCAGUAGGGAGCACUUUGAUGAGUUGGAAUUCAGCAGGGAGCACUUUGAUGAGUUGGGAUUCAGUAGGGAGCACUUUGAUGAGUUGGGAUUCAGCAGGGAGCUCUUUGAUGAGUUGGGAUUCAGCAGAGAGCUCUUCGAUGAGUUGGGAUUCAGCAGGGAGCUCUUUGAUGAGUUGGGAUUCAGCAGGGAGCUCUUUGAUGAGUUGGGAUUCAGCAGGGAGCUCUUUGAUGAGUUGGGAUUCAGCAGAGAGCUCUUCGAUGAGUUGGGAUUCAGCAGGUGGCACUUUGAUGAGUUGGGAUUCAGUAGGGAGCACUUUGAUGAGUUGGGAUUCAGUAGGGAGCACUUUGAUGAGUUGGGAUUCAGCAGGGAGCUCUUCAAUGAGUUGGGAUUCAGCAGGGAGCACUUUGAUGAGUUGGGAUUCAGUAGGGAGCACUUUGAUGAGUUGGGAUUCAGCAGGGAGCUCUUUGAUGAGUUGGGAUUCAGCAGGGAGCUCUUCGAUGAGUUGGGAUUUAGUAGGGAGCUCUUUCAUGAGUUGGGAUUCAGUAGGGAGCACUUUGAUGGGUUUGGAUUCAGUUAG